ACCCGCGAGAAGUGGCAAAAUGGCCGAUUAUUGAUAUCUGAUGCAGCGCGUGUUUAGAAGUCUUUCCUCUAUUUUUCUGUAUUACUUGGUCGGAAGCCUUCUUGCAAGACUCGUGUUGUUUGAGUACGGCCUAGAGAUGUAGUUGCCUUGGACGUUUUUUAACUUGCACGCAACAUUUCUGCAAACAUGUCUUCGGGAGCAGACAAGGCAGUGAAGAGCAAGGGUAAAGCGCCAGCAAAACCCCCAAAAACUAAAUCAACGAAAGGUCGGUACAACUCAACUUUUUAAUGUUUGAUUUGAUUUCUUUUGUUUUCAGACGAUAAUAAACUAGGCCAUUUUCGGGUUAGAAUAUAGCUUGAUUUAUCUUAGAGACCUUUUUCCUCUUUUGUUUUAUCAAAUAUUUUAUCAAAAGAUUGUCCUGCAUAUUUCCACUCGAACCAUUGAUAUGCUUAUUUCAAGUACGAAAUCGAUUUGUUUGUUCAUUGUCUCAGGUCAAAACUGUUGCCUUUUUGUUCUAUUAUCUAGUUAACAAUUGAAGCUUUUUAUUUUUGCCUUCAUUAUGUUCAGCAAAGGAAGUUUCGACGAACGAUCAGCGAUUUCGUGGGGAUGGUGUAAAGUUUAAGUGCAAGGUAUGUUCCCUGUUAUAAGACUUGACCUGAGAUCUUCCUUAUUUUUUAAGUAUGUAUUAUCUCCUUCCCUAUGCUCUUAAGUUCCCGUAGUUUGUUUUUGUUUAUUUGGAGGUAGAUUGAAUUUUUUAACAGACAUCAAAAGCAUGUUUUGAAAAAUAAUGAGAACUGUAUAAACAUCACACCACCUUCAUGGUGUAAUGUAAGCUGACGUUUCCAAGGACGUUAUUACUUUCAAAGACCUGUUCCGUAUGGUUUGUUCUCCAGAUUGUCGGAACCGCAGAUGUGGCUAGUGCGAGGGGGGACUCCAUGUGUGCGGAAGCAAUCAAGAGACUUAAGGUACGUCGCCGGUAAUUACUUUUCAAUAAAACGCCACUAAAACGUGUUUAUAAAACAAGAGACGGGUGUUAAACAGAUGCUUUUUUUCAUGGUGUGAUUUACGGUUAGGUUGGUAACAGCAAAUCACACGUUCCUUAUGAAAACAAAUAUAGAUAUUUCAUCCUCUAUGACCCUGUCUCUUUGACAUAUUGGAUAAUAGGAUUUGGUUUAAGUACUAACUGUAAAAUGUUAGCUUUUUAGCCAGGGAAAGAGGCUUAAAUAUGGAGACGAGUGCUCAGUUUUACUCUAUAGUCAAAGACUGAGAAAGUAGUUAUUUUAUUCUGAACUGUCUGUAAACAUAAAUGAAUAAUAACGUAAUGUACGUGAACUUCCCAAUUCUUUAACAGAUACAUAUUUAAAUUAAUGCAAUUUAUUUUCUUCAAUAACUUGCACUUAAGGUAGGAGUCUUAAUAUUAAUAUUAACUCUAAUCCAAGUUGCCCUCUUUCUGCUGGUUUUAUAGGGGAUGGGGAUAGGCAUGGCUUGAAUCAAAACAACAAUCAUUCAUCUUAUAUCUGUACUUUUUUCAAAACAUUUUUUUUUCCCAGGCACAAGCAUUAAAGUCACACAAAGAGAGUGGAGAACACAAGCAGAAGAUUAUUUUGUACAUCAAUGUGAAAGGGAUCAGAAUAAUGGAUGAGAGAACGCUGGUAAAUUAAAGUGCUUCAAUGUUUAAGUGUGCAAAUAUCCUAGGGGUACCCCUUUCUCUCUCUUCAUGACCAGUGAUUUUGUUAUCUCUGUGUCCUGUGUCCUUCACACUUUAAAAUCUCCCAAGAUGCAAAAUAAUUCAUGGCAUGUGUCCCAUAGGAUGCAAAGAAUGGUUGAUCAAUUUGAAAAUUUAUUGGGAGAAUAUCCUGUUCAUGUGAUUUCUGUGGCUUUUGUUUAAAGAUGCAUAUUUAUUUAGUCUUUUUUGUGCUUUAAAUAUAUAGAAGGACUAUAUUUUGAUUUUAGUAAACUGUAAUAAAGAGUUUUGGCAUCUAUGUCCAGAUUAACAGUUAAUCUGGAGAUAGAUGUCUGGUUACAUAAAUUAGGCCCAAGCAUGACUCCUUGUAAUUUUGAACUGGGACCCAUUUGUUCUGGACUGAGAGUCAUGAUUUUUCACAAGGUGAGUCCCAGGACUCACCAUAACUAUUUGUAACAAAAUCACUGCAUGACCCAGUCCUCAGCCCCCUGCAUGGGGAAUCUGUCAACUCAUUACUCAAGUCUUUGCUUUACCAGUGGACUGUGGUAUUGUUUCAAUUUACUUGUGUUCUUGGGUACCCAUUGAAUCCUCAUAUUUUUUUAGUAAAUAUACAUGCUGGAUUUCAUAGGUUAUAGCUUCUGAACAAUGCUGCCCAAUGGAUAAUCUCUAUCCAGCAGAUAACACAAUAAUGGUUUUCGUAAUACUCAUGCCCUGAAUAGUGAUUUAACCAUUAGAUAUUACUAUCCAAUUUUUGAACAACCACGUGGUUGAGGUAAAGACUCAAAUAUCUUCGUAUUUAAGGGAGAUGUUUAAAAAAGAGUUGGCUGUCAUUGAUUAAAAGUGUUUAUGAAGUCAUUUGUGUAUUGUUAUGUAUGAUCUCUUAUAGAAAGUGCAGUAUGAACAUCCCAUCAAUAAGAUAUCAUUCAUAACCCAUGACCCAGAGGACAAAAGGAUAUUUGGUUAUGUUUGCAGUCAACCUUGUACCACUGGACACAAGAUAUAUGCCAUUAAAUCUGAAAAACCUGUAAGUAAAUAGAUACCUCUGUGAAUAGACCCGUUGUAGCUAGCCAUUCACGUGGUGCAAAACCGCCAUGCUGGAGAGCAAAAGUCGCACUGGGACAAUUAAAGACAAAUAAAAGACAUACAUUUAUUUUAAAUGAUAAUUUCCUUUGUUUGUCUUGUCCCAUUUACUUUUGCUCUCCAGCAUGGUGGUUUUGUACCAUGUAAAUGGCUAGCUGCAACAGGUCUAUUUCUUUGUGGUUUUUUUCUUUCACACCAUCAAAAACUAAAGUGAAAACCAAUCCAAUACAAUGAAUGGCACUGAAGCCAAAAACAGGCCAGUUCCAUGUUCCAAAACCUUCACUUUCCAUAUGAGGCCAAGUAGAAUAACCUUCUUGUGAAAAUGAUUUUCUUAGUUGAAUGUGAUCAGGAAUUAUUUUCAUAUCAAAGACUUUGUACUUUCCCUUAGAGAUGUGAACAACAUUUCUAAGUCUUUGGUGUGUACAGUUUACCACUGUCAAGUUAUUGGGAUGUAAAAAUAUCUCUAUGAAAUUUGAGAUGCUGUAAUUUUGUCCCCCUAUGAGGGGUACUUUUGAUAGCAGUCAAAAAAAAAUAUUCUGCCAGGUGUUUUUUUUUGUGAAGUGCAAUCUUUUUCCUUUCAGUUUCAAAAGGUGCAUAACCAACCAGGGCUGUCAUCAAGGGUUGGGGACCAGAGAUUUUCCCUAGAGGCUAUUAUGAACAUGACCCUGCCUACUUUAGUAGGAAAAUAGAAGAAAAAUAGAACCAAACAAUAUUCCUAGCAGUUUUAUUCCCUGCCUACUUGUAUCAUUUACCUGGCAACUUGAAAGUUUAAUGACAGCCAUGCCAACUAAACUCCAUUUGUUAGAGUUUUCUUUGAUUCACAUGUAAUUCCAGAAAAUAUCCAAACCCACCCCCGCUGAGGGUAACUGAAAACUCCAAGGGGACUUAUGGGGUCAGGGUUAGGGUUAGGGUUAGGGGUUAGGGUCAGGUUAGCCAAAAUUUUGUAAAGUAAAGUAUAAAUGCAAAACAGAAUUUUUUAGGGGUAAGGUUAGGGUGGUUAGCAUGCUGGACGUACAAUCAGAGGACCCCAAGUUUAAGCUCCGCCCUGAGUUAGUAAUAGCUGGAUAUGUUUUUGGUAGUUCCAAGUUCAAAGCCCUGCUUGUAAUAGCCAACUUCUUUGGCUCAGAGGUUUCAUUAAAAGCUGGGACCCGGGUACCAGCAGCAGUUUACUCUAAGCACAGUACCUACCUUCAAGCCAAAUAAGAGUAAAUUCUUAAAAUUACUCUCCAACUUUCCCCUCCUACUCAACCUUUUGCACCCUUGUAGUUUUGAAAAAAAGUAAAAUCCUGGCCUCAGGCCAGUUAGAAAUCCUUACUUGUUCUGUUGAUCUCAGUUAUUGUUUGUUUGCUGUGCUGUAAUUUUCUGUAUUAUUAGCAGUAAACGAUUAACAUUGUAAAGUCAAUUUUUUAACCUUCCGUGGGUGAGUAUGGAUAUUUCCUGAUGAAUUAUUGUAUGAUCUGACUGUGCAGGCUGGAGCUGUAACAGGAACCUUGUAUGAACUGUUCCAAAUUGUAUUCAAAAUGAGACAAGAAGCUGGAAUAUCCAGGAAGGUUCAAAAUGCAGCCAAUAAUUCAUCCCAGAUGUCAAAUGGUAAGGAAUUAUCCAUGAUCUUGGGGUGCAGUACAUUGUCAUAAAUUCAAAGGGAAAAUCUUGAUGCAGGCAAGACUGCUCAGGGAUUGCCUUUUCAGCCAGCAACUGGCGACUUUUGCCACAUGUGAAGAGGCCAGUCGCCAGUAACUAAGCAAAGCCUUGCAGUCUUUGGCACUUAAAUGGUCCUCGUGCACAAAGAUUGUCUCCUCCUGCAAAAGGAAAUUCACCUGCUGCUCAAUUUGAAAAGGAAAACUGUGCUGCCUCCCAUUUACAAAAACCAUCCAGUUAAAAAUCUGAAGCAUAAACAUUUAUUUACAAUGUUUUAAUAUUUAUUGGCCUUGUGAGAGAAGGACAAUCUACAGAGUUUAUCCAAGCCAGCUGGAGAGAUGCAGUGCCUCAAACACAAGGCUGUGUUCUGGCAGAGCUCGGUGACCCCUGGUGCCUAACUUUUGUUCUCGGGGGACUAGAAAAUCUUAAGCUUUUUCAUAGAAAUCAUAUGCUGGGCACCCUGGAUUUCACAAGUUCACAGCACUGGGCUCCCUUCAAUUUUUCUUAGAGCACAGCCUUGAAACAAAAGACAUAUUUUAUGAAUUUUCCAAAUAGAAUGGUGUGGAACAUUCAAUUUUCCAUAUUUCAUUUCUGGUAAUACCUGAGUUUGAAAUCAGGAGGUCCUUCAAAGGUGGGUAAUCCUAUAAAUAAAGCUUUCAUAUAGAAAUAUUUACUCCUGUGCAGUCAAGUCUGUUAAAGGGUGAAGAAAUUUCAGACCUCUAGCAGGGCAUUAAUGAACUGUGUGGAAAAAUAAGCAUGUGUGAAAGGAGCCAAGGGUGUACAAAGAUGGUGGGUAUAGGGUAAAGGUUUCAACGUCACAAGCACUGACGGCAAAACAUAAUGAAAUUGAUAAUCUAUGAAAUGAAUUAACUUCAAUCCAAACUCUGAUUAGAUUGAUUUUUUGUCUUUUCUGUUAAAUAUAGGUCCACAGCCUCGCAACUCUCCUGGUUCUGAUGGAAUCUAUGAGGUAAGUAUCUAUAUUAUUGGAAUUUUUUUAACCUGAUGAAAAAAUAGAAGGAAGAAUUUCAUUGUUGGCUUAAGUCAGGAGAAAAAGUUCAUUUGUUCAAAAACUUGACUUCUUGCUGUUACUGUAAAUUGAAUAAAAAUGAAGAAAUGAUCGUCGCAGUGAACGCAAUUUAUGCAAUUGCAUAAGGAAGCCUGAAAAAAUUCAGGACUUCAACUGGGUUUGAACCCGUGACCUCGCAAUUACCGGUGUGAUACUCUACCAACUGAGCUAUGAAGCCACUGACGUUGGGAGCAGGUCAGUUGUGGGUUCAUAUGUUCCCGUGAAAGAAAUGAGUGUUAAUGAUAUAUGAAAUAAAUCUUAAUAGUGGUGUAAAGGUCAUUCCAUUAGUACAAAUAGUGAAAACCAUCCUUAUGUCUAAUUUGUCUUGAUUUUAGGUGCCAUAUAAAAAUGGAAAAAACAAACAUGAGAAAACUAGCCCUCAACUUGAUCAUGAAUAUGCUGAGCCAGUACAACCCACUUCAAGAAAACAUCCUCAUUAUAAAGUAAGAAAAUUAUUUUAAUGCUCUGGAUGUGCUCUUUGAUCUAUUGGAAGUCAGAAUUAAACAAAAUUUCCAAAUUUCAUUUUGAAUAAUGCUGAAAAACAAACAGUACAGUAUGAAAGUACUGCUGUCAUGUUGUGCUGAUACAUCACCUCUGCAAUAAAUGCAGGUACAUGCAAGGGGCUCCUAGAUAAUAAAUUUAUACCUGUGUACCUAUUUUUAAGGGUUAAAAAUUUUUCCCAAGACCAUCAGGAUUUUUUAGAGGAGUCAGCCAUAUCCAAAGAUGUCCGAAGAUUUCUGAUGACUCUUGAAGUUCUCAGUUUCAGUUUAUUUUCCAUCUAAAAUCAGAGAUUUAAGGGAAAAUACAAUCACAUGAUCACAUGAUCUUUUCCUUUCUCACAAUGGUUUGAGUUAAUUUUACCAAGCUGUCACUAAGGACUAGAGCCUAGGGAUUUUCCCCAGCAGUUUGUACAGGAAACAAUGAUUAUUCCAAAAGAACGUCCUAGUGAUUUAAUUCCCCACUUACUGAUUAUGUAUACCCAGCAAAUUGAAAUCUUAGUAACAGCCUUGACUUAACUUUUAAUUUUGUUUUGAAAAUGUGUCUGGUAAAGGUGUUAUAGCUUUCCACUAGCCAUGAGCUUGAUGUGCUAACAUUACUCCUUUAAGUGUAACUGCUCGGAAGUAUAUCCUUGAUUGCUUCUUCUUCUGUUUAAUAUCAAGCAAAUGUUCUUUGAUUAGGUUCCAAACAGUCCGCCUCUACCAGCUACACCAUCUUCUCAGACCAAACAAAACAGCAGAGAAGAUGUAGAGGAGAAAGAGAUGACAGCAUCAACGCAUGUCUCCAAUCAAUCUACCCAUUUAAGCCAAUCAAAAAGCUUUGACAAGGUUUGCUUCUAUGUUUUGUACAUCUACGUGAAUGUAUGCCCUUGGGAUUUUACUUCCUGGUACUUUCCCAGGUGUUUGCUGAAGUCAGCUUAUUUCAUUCUCAUUACAAUAAAAGUCAGUGUGGAUCAGUGUAAGAGAGUUUUUAUUGUGAGUGGCCACACAAUAGAUUUGUGCCAAAUUGAAAUUUAAAACUUCUGUUACCUGUUAUCUCUAUAAUUUUAUUGACUCUGGGGUUGGUGGUUAUUGCUUACAGGAGCCAGAUCAAGUGUCACAAGCAUCCAUUCCAGACUCACCAUUCCCAAGACAUGACAGCACUUCCAACACGGCAUUCUUUGGAUCUUCAGUUUUUGAGGCCACUCUAGGCGAAUCAGGAAUGGCAGACACUGUGUCGGUAGCAUCGUCAGCUGAUGUAUCAAUGAUUAGGACUGGGUCUGUCUCAUCUGGAUCGUCAGAGACUCAGAGUGUGCACUCCCGCAGUGAUUCCAUGGUAAACCAAGCAGCAAACAAUGAAGGGACUCAAGUUGGGUUUGCCACCUCCUUUGACAGCAACAGUGAUGCUGGGUCUGCCUCGGACAUGAAGACUACUGAUGAGGGUUCAGCCCAGACCCAAACUCAAGGAAAUUUCUCCAUUUCUUUUCCAUCAUUUGGGGACAAAGAAAAAUCAGAGAUAUCAACAGAUCAAGAGACAUCUUUUAGUCAUGCUGACCCAUUUGCAUCAUCAGCUGCAGACAGUGAAAGAACUCAACCAGUCACUGGUGGAGGUUUCUUCACAGAGUCGUUUGCAUCGUUUGAUACAGCAUUUGGUAACUUCGAGACCAAGGAUGAUGAUGUGGAGAAACAGAAAGGCAGUGAAUCUUCAAGUGAUCCCUUUGCACCAUCAGGUGGCACCCAAGAAAAGGACAACGUUUAUGAAAAUGUGGAGAUUUUUGCUUCGGAAACCAAUUUUGAGGCAGCAUUUUCUUCAGAGCCAUUUUCUGUGUCAAAGGAAAGCACUGAUGUUGUUUCAGAUGUCAGUGAAGUUGCCGCAGAUGAAAAACCCUUUGACGAAAAAAGUCAGUCGGCUGCAAACACUGCUGUGAGUUUCUCGUGGGAUAAUGCAUUCACAGAGGUGGAAAACAAACCAAAACCAGAUGCAACACAGAGUUCUGCCUCAUCAGAGCAACAGUUUUCAUGGGCAGAAGAUUUUGCUGCAGAUGAUGGAGAUAUUAAAGUUAAAACAGAUCCAAAUACUGCAGCAUCAUUUUCUUGGGACGAUGCUUUUGGAGGGGCCGCUCUGGCAGAUAAAGAAUCUACAUGGGAUGUUGCUUUUGGUGGAAAAACAAAAGAGGGCAGUAACUCUCUGUUUGACUCAUCACCAUUUGGUGAUACGUUUACGUCAUCAACAGAAGAUUCAUCUGGUAAUAAGCAGAGAGGUUCUGGAGAUAAUCUGCAAUCAGUGCCAGAGUCAACUAAUCCCGAUAAUUCGUCAUUUUUUGAUGAUUCAUCAUUUGCUCCUUCCUUGUCUCCUCAAAGUAAUGAAGGUAAUGCCGGUGAUUUACCUAAUGAAAAAAUCAAGGAAGAUCUUGCAUUUUCAAAUGACCCAUUUGAAGAGUUCAACAUUGGCACGCAGCCUGUGGCAGAUCUCAAGGAGAUUGCACCAGAGGAGAAUACUAUUAGUUUUGAGUCAGAAGUAAACACUCCUGAUCAGGAUUCUGCUGUAAAGGAAGUUGUAUCAAACAUAGGAUCUUUUGAAAUAAAUCCAAAAGAAACAGUUGUUGCUGUGGGCACGAGUGAAACAGUAAUACAGUUAAAUAAUCAAGUUCCUGUGUCUGUUAUCGAAGAUAACUUGUCAGAAGAAGGUGACGAUGAUCAAAUGAAUGAGGAAAAACCAUCCGAUCUCCAGGUUCUAGAGGCAAAGCUAUCACUAUCUCAGAGGCCUAUUUCACCAAGCUCACCACCCCCUCUUCCACCACGCCCUGUUGUCUCUGCACCCCCCCUCCCAGCCAGACCACCAAGCUCCAAUUCUACAGGAAUGUCUCCUAUGAGCCCAUGCAUGUCCACAGGGUCCCCAACACCAAACUCUCCACAGCAAGGAAAGACAGGGAGUGCUAAGAAAAAGCCACCUCCGCCUCCACCAAGAGUGGAUUUAAAUGAACAAUCUUCAGUAGAUCCUUCCAAUCAGAAAGGAGCUUUUCCUGAUCCUUUUGGUUCAGAUUUGUUUGAUGAUAAAUUUGACAAGGGCAUGGAGACAGCUGGACAAGAGAGUUCUGACUGGAUGGCCUCAUGGCCAAGUGCGCCAGAACUACCCCAGAAAGAGAAAACUAAGGACCCAUUCAAUGACAGCUUUUUUACAGACUUUGAUUUCCCACAAAAUACAGCAAAUAACACAUCAUCCAAAGAUAACUUGGAUCCCUUUGCAACAACAGAUCCAACCUCUGAGCCAUUUCCAUCAGGCUUUGGAAAUGAGGACUUGUUUGCAGCAUUUACACCUGCAAAAGUGGAAACCGCUUUUGACAUUGGGGAUCCAUUUCAAAAUGAUAUGUCCAAUUCCUUUGCAGCAUUUACAUCAGAUGAUCCCUUUAGUGAUAUCAGUGAUCCAUUUGCCGACAGAGGAAUUUUAAGUGAUGAUCCAUUUGCCGACAGUCCAAGUAAACUUCAAGCUGGAGAAUCUCUGACUCUAAAUGAGGUUUGUAUUGUACAACUACUGUUGAUUAACAUCCCUGCGAGUAACCUGUUUUCUCUUAAAAAAGUUACAACAAUUGUUCUUAUAUUUCUCAUCCUCAGUGACCCGGCGGCAGUGAGUCGGGUCAAGAAUAGGGCCAGCAAAAGUUUUCAACAUGUGAGAGAGCUCUCUUGUCCUUGUAUUUCCACAAUCCUGGUCAAAAAACAGUGUCAAAGGGAGGUACUAUAUUAAUUCACUCUUUUAUCCACAGGCUCAAACAUUAUUUUGAUCCACUCUGAAGAACAUGAUUAAUAGCAGCACUAAUUUUGGAGGACUGAGCGUAUUUCAUUUUUGUCACUUGGGAGGGGGCAGGAGGUGGCUCCGAACAGUAAUUGUGUGGGGUGUGGGGCAGGGUGUAUAAAGGAAGCUGAGACAAAGGAAAAACUCCAAGUGUCAGAUCCUUGCGCAGAGUUGUCAUCUGAAAUAAUUAUCACAUUUUAUUUUAUUAUAAAAUUUAUUAUUAUCAUUGUUAAAAAAAACUAACUAAACAGAUAUUACCACACAAUAAGUACUGCAAGAGAGUUGUCAUGUAAGUGGUCACAUUACAACAUAUAUUUCUUUUCCAUAAUGGUAUUAAUGGCUUGGGAGUGAUUGAGGUGAUUGGAAGACCAACACCCACAUUCCAGUAUUAUAUAUUCUUCACUAUUGCUUAGUUUAGUCUCAGCACUUGUGUUCGUUAUGGAGUGCUUCUGAAAUGAGAAAUCAACCUUUGAUCCCUACUGGUUUGUUCUGUUUUGCAGAGCUUAGUUGCAUCAGACGAUGCUGAUUCAUUUGCCUAAAAUAAGAAUAGUAUUUAAUAGGUAUGUAAAACUUUAUUUAUUAUUGUUCUAAAAGUACAGCUCUAAGGUAUUCCUCCAUUUUCAAAUUUUCGCAUUCUUUUCUUAACAGUCUAAGUGAUACUAAAACCCAUAAUAAUUUUACACCCCUUUUAAGACGACAAACAACCCUGCCCUUUUCACAUUAUAGUCCUUUCCCUGAGGACAUUAUAUCUAUGAGCAUUAUUUAAUGGUUUUUUAGUGAUUGGUUUGACAAAAAUUUGAAACUUUCAGGCAAGAAAUUAACAACUAUUAUCUUUAUGUAGACAAUUAUUAGAACAUUUUCUAAUAAAAACUGAAGCAGUGAACUUUAUUUUUAGGAUUAAGAGGCUGCAAGAUGGUUAAACUUCAGAUCUACUGAUAAAAGUAAAAGCAAAACUGGCUCUUAUUAUUGUCAAGUCAUAACAUAACUUAUCCCUAAUCAGAUGGUAUAAUGCUCCAUGAUCUACUCGACAGUGACUGGAAGUUUGAAUUAAUAACCAGCUGUCUACAUCAUUCUUCUGGGUGGAACAAUGCAGGCACUCAAUAGUUACUCUAGAGUGAGGUGUAUUAUUAUUUUACACUUGUCAAAAUCAUCAUAGUACCCACCUGGCUAAAAAAACAUUCCUCAGUAAUGGUUUGACUGUGUUUGUUGCACACAACUUUGUUCUAAUGAGAAGUUGUGAUGUGUUUGGAAGAGAUUCAUUAUAAUAACAAAUAUGAACUGUUUCAACGUUUUUUUCUGGGAUUAGUCAUUUGACAUGCUCUUGCAGUUUUGUUGAAUGAACAGGCGCAAAAUCAGAAUAGAGAGAAAACACCAACAUCUGAGUCACCUAUUGGACGUUUGUUGGAGAGGUGUUGCCCAAGGAGUACUGUUAUAUAUUAAGCAAGCAUUUAAUACCGUAUGUGGGUACUGUGAAAAAUAGGCUUUUCAAGGACAAACUGUUUAGUCUGGGAUAUAGAAAAUAAUAUGGGUAGUUUGGUCUAGAAAAGUGAAUAAUUCUUAAUGGGAAAUAAUUUGACCAGUAGAAUGAAAAAUUGUAACUUUCAUGACAGUAUCAUUUCUAGUGGAAAGCUGCAGCUGGGCAUUAAAGUAAAAGAGUUCCCAAAGUUCCUGGCAGGCUUUUAAAGCUGUCUAGUCUGGGAUGUAGAAAUUGGAUGACUUAUGUAGAAAAAUGUAUAAUGUUUACAAAAAAUUAACAAGGAAAUGGAACUUUCAUAUUUGGCAUUAUUUUUAGUAGAAAUCAGGCCAUGAAAAUUAUGGAGUUCCUUGUUAAUAGUACUGUUAUUCUGGGAUCGGGUGGGAUCAUGCCUAUUGUAGAGAAGGAUUACAAACUAUGUAAAGCUGAACAUGGGUCUACUGGCGUAAACUUUAGGUUCAGGGUCACGGUGGCGCACAAUGACUCCAAAUUGUCAAAUAGUUUGCCCCUCAUGCGAGAUGUGAUGACUAUUUGACUCAGUAUAUUCUCAACAUCUCUUGACAGUAAGUAGACAAUGUUGAGAACAUUUGGCUACAAGGGCUAAA